CCUCCCCGACAGAGCGACGAGAUCGAGCGGUCGACUCCUUCCCUCUCCGGAGAUCCAACGGUGGUGGUGCAUAUAGACGGACGACAUCAAUUGCGCGACGCGUGCAGCACCUUCCCUGAAUAGAGGUCUCCAUCACACUCUCGCUCUCUCCCGCUCUCUCUUUAUCUCUCUGAGUCCUGCUCAUAAGACACGGGAGCAGUCGUCAACACCCGAUGGAAAAAAGUGGGACGUUCUUUUUUUUGCCAAAUUAGGAAAGGUUUUGCAUGCUGGCUCCCUGAAUUUCCAUUCUAUUGUGUAGUUUGGAUCAAAAAGCAAGAUUGAGCUAUCAUGACAUCUUCAGUGCCUGAUUCACGUUCAGAGUGUGAUAGUGCUGGGACAGAUGAACAUCAAAAUCAGUCUCACAUGCCGAUGCAACCUCAAUCUCCUUCUACUGGCAUUUACAGUCAUGGCGUAGCAGGACCAUCUGUUGAAUACAUUGUCCCUCACACCCAUCCGGAUAUUGGUCACACCAUGGGUCAAGCUGUAUAUCCAUUCCCAGAUCCAUACUAUGGAAGUUAUGUUGCAGCUUAUGGUGCACAAGUUAUGAUCCAUCCACACAUGAUGGGAGUUCAUCAAGGAGGAUUACCUUUGCCAAGUGAUGCUGUUGAAGAACCAGUUUACGUUAAUGCAAAGCAGUAUCAUGGGAUCCUGAGGCGACGUCAAUCACGUGCAAAAGCUGAAUCUGAGAACAAAAUGAUCAAGUCCCGGAAGCCUUAUCUCCAUGAGUCGAGACAUUUGCAUGCUCUAAGAAGAGCUCGUGGAUGUGGAGGUCGGUUUCUUAAUUCCAAGACUGAAGCUCAUGAAAUUCAAGCAUCAGGAGGAGCCCCACCCUCUCAACCUAUUAGUACAUCCAACUCAGAUGACUCUUAAAAGUUGGGAAAGGAGCAAGCUUCAGUUGCACGGUUAUCCAUGUUAUGCGGCUUGUUGAUACAAGAUGUGCAGAAUGUUAGGUGAAUUCCAUGGGAAAUUUCUUAGACCGGUGGUUCCAAACCGUAGACCAGUCUGGGUUCAGUUCGAUACCAUAGUGAAGUCACUGGGAUUUGAUGUCAGCCCAGGUGUUCUUUUGAUAGGCAGUUUUAGUGCGCAAUGAAGUUCCAGUUGUCCGGGUUGUGAAAUAGAAUUUGUGUACUGCGUCCAUGGAAUGUUAUGAAUGUAAGAUAGGAAAAUCUUUUGUUGUUCUAGGAUUCAAAUGCAUCCUUUGAAAUUUGCCAUGACCUUUAUUGACGGUUGUAUAAAUCACUCCAAGCAGUUUAUUGUAUGUCCUUCCUCUUC